AUGAAUAUCCGAACAAAUACAAUAUUAAGUGACUUUUUGACUCUAGAACUGUUCGAUCUCGAUUCUAAGCUAUCGAAUACGAAAAGACAAAUAAUUGUAAGGAAGGCUUUUCAAGUUUGUACCUUGGAGCCAUUUUCUAGGGGAGCUCAACAUUGCAUAUUUUUAAAGCCUAAAGAACGUCCCUUAGAAAAAUGGGAUUUACACAAAGCUGAAAAUGAAGGCAGAGAUAUCGAAAAACUGCGCGAAACCAUGUUAGAGAAAAUAGAACGAACUAAACAUGCAGCGGUUAAAGAUUUGCAAUUGUUUAUAGAUGGUUGUACCAAGCCAGAAAAUUUACCACUUCUACAGGAUACAGUGAAAAGAUAUCGACAGAGCAAGAGUGUGCCGUUUGAUGGCUUGCCGGCCUUACUAACACGUACAUGCAUUCGACUGGAGAAUCCAGCGAUGGCUCUAGAAAUGAUCAAGAAUAAGGCAUGUCACAUAGUACCUCUUUGUGAUUGUUAUCGCAAUGUGCUAAGCCCUUAUUACAUAAGACUUGAUGCCAACUGUUGUACUUUAAAAUUACAGGCUGAAUAUGGUAUAUUUCCUAAUGCUGGCUGUUACAAUUUCUUGAUGGAUGAAUUCAUAGAUCCUAGAAAUAGAAUAGAAAAGGGGUCAGAUCUUGCUUUGGAAGCAUAUGAUGCGAUGCUCGCCGAUAGCAUAAAACCCAACAAAGUUACCAACGCCAUUAGAAUUUAUUCUUUACUCAAGCAGGAUUCUGAGAAAGAUUUUCUAUAUGGUAUUAAAUUACUUCGUGAAUUUAUGGAAACUGGCUUAAGAGUACGUCAUAUUAAAAUAAUUCGCAAGGAGAUAAUUCGUGCUGCGUUACGUCAGCUGGUCCUAUACUUGUAUAUCAAAAGUUUGAAAGAUGCUAAAAGACAAUCAGAAAUAAUGGAUGCUGCGGAAGAACAUUUAAAGCUAUUCCCAACUCUCAAAAUAAAAGUACCUACGAUUACUUUAAUCAAUGAGGCUGUUACUAGUCUUGAAAAUCCAGACUUAAAUGAAAAAUUUAAUGCCUUUGAAGCUCGUCUUCGAUCUAUGAACAGAAUAAAUCAUGUUGGUGAUACUACAGAGGAAUGA